GGAUCGAAACUCGGCUUUGACUUCGAUUUCUGCCGCCCCCCGCUACCACCCAACUCCCCUCUUGAACAAAAGCAACCCACAACAACACAAAGAAAACUGCCCAAAGCGAACCGAGACAAUAACAAACAAGCUGCGAAGUAGCAACCACACAAUCGCACGUCUUGACGUUUUGAAACGUUUUAAAAAGACAAAUAAAAAGGCAUUCGCGAGAAACAAGAAAAUUUAUUUAAAUAAGUGUUGCUAUAGGGCAUUUUGAUGAAGGAAAUCUGGCGAGUCGUUAAAAAUAAGUCCAAGAAACUUUUGUUCUAAGCUCCGCCCAAAUUCGAACUUUCCACGAACUUAGCCAAGUGAAUUGCUGGCUGUGAAGUGAAGGCCGUUUGAGCCACUCCACACUUUUCAACGGCAGCAAACAAAACGGCUAGAGUCCGCUUAAGGCGACCGUCGAGUGCCAACUAUAUGUAGCCCAUCCCGGGAAAAUAGACAGAUCCACGAUAACGUCGCGAGCACCUGGAAAUUCGAGCGCGGGCACCAAGGACUUUGUUAGCAUGAUACCACACUGUGGAUACCGUUACAUGUGGAACCGUGAAAUUGUGAUAAAUUCGCAAAAGUUGGUGAAACGACGUUAAGCAGGAGGAUCCCAGUUGUCCGACCACGCCGACCACUUUGCGGCAGCAGUUGGAUCCCACGGACGGAGACAGGAACCGAAGGACAGACAGACAAAUAAAGGCCAAAACUCAAACUUCCUUUAUACAGUUUUAAACUUUGAAAACGUUUUCUGCGUUCUGGCACAAGUCGCGUUCAGAUUUAACUUGAAUUUUAACCGACACUUAACCUCUAGUUGGCAACCGUACUAUUUGUGAACGGUUUUUGUUUUUCUAUUUACCCAGCCAAUUGCUGGAGCUACAACCGCUCAACCAGCACGUUCUCAAGCCUAUUCGAUUGUACAUUCAAAAUUGACUCUGUGAUUUUUACCCUUCUCUUGCAAAUAUUUUAUAAAUUAUACUUACCACUUGUAUGAAAAUUGUUCAUAUUAUUAUUUACAAAGCGCAUAUCGUUUAAAUAAGAAUUUUUGUCUAGAUCUAGAUUAUUUUUUAUUGUUUUAUAUUUUAGCUAAGUCUUUCUUGACAGUCUUGUUUAUAGUUUAGAUUAGGUCUUUAAUCCAACAUUAUAUUUUUUCUGCCCCCUUACUGCCUUUACUUGAUACUUGAAAUACACUUUCUUAACACUCGACAACAUACGAUUCACUGCUGCCGCAAACAUGAGUACAUAUAUAUUCAUGCAAGCCUAUGAAUGUCUUCUGGACCAAAAGGCAGCCGUAAACUGCAUCGAUUAUGAAAGGAACAGCUAUCAGCCCAUCAUCGAUGUUGUCAGCCAGCCGAUAAUACCCGUAAACAAAGUACCCUUCGCUUCAUCUUCAGUAGCUGCUUCGCUCGUUUCUUCCGCCGAUUACCAGCUCGGCGAUCCCCCAUCCCUGGUUCUUCAGCAAUUGACGCCGCCGCAGUCUCCGCCCCAAUUCGAUGCUUACAAACAGCCUGAGGAAUCCCUUCAGCUCCUGCCUGUUAAGGCCGAGCAGAAGGUGCAAUGCUAUACUCCUGACGCUACAAGUGCUGCAGCCGCCACGCCUUUUAACUUCAACAACUGGGUGGGCGGCAGCGAAAUCGCCCGCGAGAACCAACUGGUCGAUGAUAUCGUCAAUAUGCGUGCCAAGGAGCUUGAGUUGACCACGAACUGGCCGCAGUUUAACGAAGACUGCGAAUCUCAGGCCUCUUCCUCGCUAGACAGCAGGAGCACAGGCAGCGGAGUGAACGGCAGCAUCGCCGACGCGGACGAGGACUGGCUGCCAGAAGCCACCAGCAGUUGCUCCUCCCCAGCACACACCGCCGUGGAGCAGUCUGCGGCUAAGCCAAAGAAGCGUACUCGCACGUACGGCCGCGGUGUGGAGGAUCGUAAGAUCCGGAAAAAGGAGCAGAACAAAAACGCCGCCACUCGGUACCGCCAGAAGAAGAAGCUCGAAAUGGAGAGCGUGCUGGGCGAGGAGCAUGUACUGUCCCAGGAAAACGAGGAGCUUCGCCGCACUCUGCAGGAGCGUCGCAAUGAGAUGCGCUAUCUGCGUCAGCUGAUACGCGAAUUCUACCAGGAACGCAAGCGCUAGGCGUUAUCUUUUGUUUCAUCUUAAUUUCAAUGUCGUUUGCAAAGUUAUCGUUAUCGUUAAACCCAACACUCUCCCCUAUUCUCUCAACAAUUGCAUAUUGUUUCAAUGUAACCCGCAAAACAGCAACAAUUGCCGGCUUACCCAAAGCUUUGGAAAACAAUCAACCACGCAGUCUGUCAUGGCCCCCAUUUUUUGGCACCUAUGACGAGUCUCCGGAUUCCGAAUUACUCCAUGCCAAUGGUGGCCACCGGCAAGUCGACACGGCAACACAGGUCAAUUUGCAUUCUACUGUAAACUUGAAUGAAAACCUUUUUGAGUUGGUUUUGUGCGAAUCGACCUGUAACGCGACUGCUGUACUAGUUUGAAAACCAUUUUAUUUUUUGACAAAUGUAAUAUUUACUUUAUUAGUUUGCAACAUUAUGUAACAGAAUAUUAUUCAACAUGUAUCAGCAAUAAAUCAAAAGGGUUUUAAAAAGAAAAAUGAAGAUAAUAAAAUUGUGUAGGGGUUGGUGCUCAAUCCGAAAAUGAGUAGGAGGGUUUAAAGAGUUGAUUAAUUAAAAGUUAAACAUUGUAAAAUGCUUAA